AUGGUGUCGGACGGGGACGACAUCAUCUCGCGCAAGAGGCGCAAGAUUGGCCCUCACAAAGCUGCUCCAUAUAUAUUCAAACCGCUCUUCGACCAGGUACCUGUCGCGGGCGAUGAUGCGGAGGGGGAUGUACAUAUUACAUGUGUCGAGUAUUGGAAUGACAACCUGUAUAUCGGAACUUCAGCAGCGGAGAUCCUGCACUUCGUCUGUCUUCCACCCAACCCCUCCGACGAAUCGAACGAACCGUCCUUCAUCCUAGCUUCAAGAUUACCCAUAUCCUUCUCCCAAAACUCCUCUCUUCCUAGCCAACCGGGCAUCCAGCAGAUUCUUAUUCUUCCAACCGCCAACAAGGCAUGCGUCCUUUGCAAUGGAAUGACUACUUUUUAUAUGCUGCCGGAGCUCAGUCCGGCUUUCGGCGGCAACACAAAGGUCAACAAUUGCCGUUGGAUUGGCGGUCUUGACUUGAAUAUCGCACCAGAUGAACCCGAAAAUCCCAUGGUGAUGAUUUCGACCAAUAAUCGCCUGAUGCUGGUGAAGAUUGGCGAUGGCGCUCGCCUGGUCAGGAAUAUUGAGUUUCCGGGGUGCCUAAAGCUGUCGCGAAGAGGCAUUAUAUCUUGUGUCGCCGAUGGCCGAAACUAUUCUUUACUUGAUGUGGAGCACCAGCAGAAAAUACCUCUAUUCCCGAUAUCUUUCGCGGAUGAGAUGCUGGACUCUGGUCAGGUAGAGGAUAUGCCAGUUCCGCCUACCUCGAAGUCACCCCUGUCAACGCUAAGCGGCUCACCACCCGAUGAAGGCCAUGGCCAUAGCCGAAGUUCCAGCCUGAAUACACUUGCAGGAAUGUUACAGCCUACGGCCCCGCAGCGGUCCUCAUCGAGCGAUCGGUCAAGAUCGCUUACUCCCGAGCAGUCGGAAGCCGGAACACCGAGACGAUCGGUAUCAAGAGAGCGCGGCGAAGGCACGUCUCCAGGCGGCUCUCCAAGGGUCUCUUCCGAACAAACCUCACGCGACCCGCAAACCGCAGCUGCAGAUGAACGGAAACCUCUUCCGCCGCUGCCAAAGCAGCCGUCUACCGAGCUGACACCACACAUCCUGUCUCCAACGUCGUCGGAGUUUCUACUAGUGCGGGGUUCCGAUGAGACCGAACCUGGCGUUGGAAUGUUCGUCAACGUGGAUGGCGACGUGGUGCGAGGCACAAUUACAUUCCACAGAUAUCCCAAGUCAAUUGUUAUUGACAGGGGCGACGAAACAAACUUCAUACCAUCACCAGAAAAUACGAAGGAUGAACUUGUCCUUGCCAUCAUAGAAUCCGAUGAAGAUGGCCAGACAAGAAGGUUUAUAGAGGUGCAGCCGUGGGAUGUUGACCCAGCCGAGGCGGAGGAACACAAAAGCUGGGUAGAACUACCGUCAAUGCAAGCUGAACAGCCAAAAUACGCCGGAAUCAGCCACACGCUCAGCCCAACCCAGUUGGAAAUCCAGGACUUGGGAAAACUGCUGCGGAUGGUUCGUUUAAAGACUCCUCCCUUGUCCACAUAUGCACCUGCCGCGGAUCCUAGAACCCAGGCGUCGAUUGAACAGCUGCAGAAAGAAAAGGAGCUGUUUGAGUCCCAGGAAACGUCCGGGUCCGAUGAGGCCAAAAAACCGUUAGAUUGGGAAGCCGAACGGAAUGCAGAAGAGGCAAAGAUAGCGCAAGUGAUGGGGAAGACGCGGAGUAGCCUUGUUAUGUGGGCCGGAGAUCGAAUCUGGCGCAUCGUGAGGAAUCCAUUAACCACACAACUAGACGAUGUUUUGCAAAGCUCCCAAGCGGCCCUCGACAAUGGACACACCCUUGAUAGGAAUGCUAUUUGGGAUAUUAUUGAAGUGGUUCAACAAACAGAACCCAGGUCAGAGGCAGAAUUUCUUGGACUAAACUUUUUGAAGCAGAAAGCCAGCCUUCUUCUUCUGGGUGACCUUCUCUUCAUGGAACCGCACGCCAGGAAUGAUGCAGUGAUUGACACGACAGAGAAAGCACUCAUCGUUGGAAACUUGGAUCCUCGCAUUGCCAUGAUAUUGAUUCCUCUCCUGCGCGCUGAAACGCUACAGAGUUCACAAGGCAUAUGGGUUCAUGCGGGGCUAGCAGAAACGGCGGAGGCCUACAUGCAGCAAGCCGACAGAGCAGGGGAGUCGCUGACGGGAUUCUUUGACGCUGGAGUUCUGGAUAUGAUGAAACGCUUUCUUCUCUCUUGGCAACAGAAGCGCGGAUAUGGCAGUAUAUCAGACGAGUCGUACGUUUUUGACAGCGUGGAUGCAGCUCUCCUUCGCCUUUUACUCGCACAGUGUGAUAGCAUGACCAAGGAGCAGGCUGGCUCUAUAGGAUUACGCUCGGAACUCAACAGGCUUGUUGAUCACUGGAAGGGCAAUUUUGACCACGCUGUGGCGCUGUUGGAGAGCUACCACCGACUGUAUGUUUUGAGUCGCUUGUACCAAAGCCGAAAAAUGUCUGGCAACGUUUUGAAGACUUGGCGGCGGAUCAUUGAGGGCGAGGUAGAUGCAGGUGGUGAAAUUACUCCGGCAAGUGUUGAGGUGCAGAUGCGACGGUAUCUGGUGAAGAUCAAAGAUGUGCAGCUUGUCGAGGAAUAUGGUUCGUGGUUAGCUGAACGGAAUCCCCAACUCGGUAUCCAAGUGUUCGCGGACAACACGAGUCGGGUCAUACUCGACCCAUCAGAUGCUGUGAAGUUGCUGAAAGAGCGUGCACCAAAUGCUGUCCAGGAGUAUCUGGAACACCUUGUGUUCUCAAAGAAUUACGCCCAAUACGCAGACGACCUUCUGCAGUACUAUCUUGACACUGUGAUUUCUGUGCUCGAAACGUCACCCGAAGCUCGGGCUUCCCUUUCUGAAUCGUAUUCUACGUACCGUGCCCUCCGACCACCCAAGCCUACAUAUAUGAACUUUAUCACAGAGAACCUACCCUCAGAUCCGUGGUGGCAGUCUCGAAUGCGUCUCCUCCAGCUACUUGGAGGGGGCAGCACUACCCAAUUCACGUCCACUCCCGCCCCGAGCCUCAAUUAUUCUAUUCCGGCAGUUCUCGCUCGCAUUGAGCCCUUCCAAAACGAGCUGGUUUCCGAGUCCAUUAUCCUAGACGGACUGCAAGGCCGCCACCGGGAGGCCCUCCGCCUCUAUACACAUGGGCUAGGCGACUACGAUGCCGCCACCCGGUACUGUUUGUUCGGCGGCCCUCGAAGCACAAGCUCGACAGGCGCACCUUUGGAAUUCGCUGAGAAAUCGCGCCAAUCUGAGCUAUUCCGGUAUUUACUGGAUGAAUUCCUACAGAUUCAAGAUCUAUCUGAGCGAAUCGAACGCACGAGUGACCUCCUCGGGCGGUUCGCCGCUUGGUUUGAUGUACGCGAGAUCCUCAGCAUCAUCCCCGACGACUGGAGCGUGGACAUUCUAAAUGGCUUCUUGGCACAUGUCUUCCGCGUGCUUGUCUCGGAGUCACGCGAGGUGCGGAUCGAGCGGGCGCUCUCGGCAGGCCAGAACCUCCGAGUGGCCGCAGAGCAUAUCUCCGGCAUAGAGAAAGUUGGGGGGUGGGUUGAGGAUGAAGAAGGAUUGAAGCGGUUGCGGGGAGGAGGGCACGGACAAAUCAACGCUGCGCGGGGAGAGACGGAGAGUGAUUUUGGAGAUAUGGUGGAGGCGGGAGACUCAUAG